UCUUAUAUUCUUUCAUUAGUUUCUCAAUUCUUCGGCCGGCUAGUGUAGCUAUUAAAAAAUAAUAAUUUGUUAUAAAUAAAAUACACGCUACGCAAGAAAUUCAAUAAAUGAUUUUUUGAAAUGGACGGAGAGAGACAUAAAGCAAAUCUCCAGGGUAUUUUGAAAUAUGCCAUCACAAAUUCCAAAACUGAGGAUGGAUCACAAACCUUUACGGGAAAUGAGCAGUUGGAUUCGGAGAGAAAACAAUUUCUUGAAAAUGCGAUAAAAAGUAUGACUGUCGAUGUCAUUGGUGAAUUAGAGAGAGCAAUUCACAUCCUUGAGCUGAAGGAAUCAACAAUUGAAGACAAAAUUGAAGCUCUUAAUAUUGUACGAGAUCUUGCUGGUAACAUAGAUUUCGCCAACAACUUCAUUCAGAUAGGUGGCUCCAAAGUUGUGUUUGAUUGUUUGAAAAACACUAACCCCAAGCUACGUAUUUGCGCUGCAUAUGUGAUAGCUGAACUGUCUCAGAACAAUCCAUUCUGUCAGAAACAUUUUCUGCAAGCCGGCGCUCUUCAGGAGCUUAUUGUGUGCACUAAGGAAGAUGGAGAUGUUGCUAGUAGCAGCAUGCAUGCUAUUUCCGCAUUAGUACGAAAUUUCGAGGAUGGAAGUGCAAAAUUUAUAGAACUCGGUGGACUAGAAUGCCUUUUGGAACGUCUGCAUAGUGAAAAUAGUAGAGUAUUUGUGAAGGCAUGCUUUCUUUUGAGAGCCCUAGCUGCAGAAUUCGAUGGCAUUCGAGAUGAAUUUGUGAAGUUAGGUGCAGUUAACAAACUUGCAUCAUUUGUAGAACCGGUAAUAGGCUUUGACAUUAAAACUGAAACAGUACUUUCUGCCCUUUGUUUGCUUGUUGAAUCAAAAGAAGGAAAACUUCAGUUCCAAAAAACUAACAUUUCAGAAACAUUGCAAGAUAUUUUAGACAAAAAUGAAGGAAAAGCUGAAUGUGAGGAAAUAUUAAGAGACAGCAAUGCUCUUUUGAAUCUCACACGGAAUAAAAAAUAAAAAAUUUAAAUGUUCUUAAAAUUAA